AUGGCGAGUCCGAGUUCUCAAUCGGACAGAUUAGCAGUGAUUCUGAAGACUCCAGCAACUGUAAAAUUGACGACCCCAAAUUCUGUUUCGUCCCAGCUUUUGCGAACCCCAAAUUCUGGUUCGUCUCAACUUCUGAAAACCCCUUUAAGCGAUGAAGCCAUAUGGAAAAAACUCAAAGAAGCGGGCUUCGAUGAAGAGUCCAUCAAACGCAGAGACAAGGCUGCUCUCAUCGCAUAUAUUGCUAAACUCGAAGCCGAGCUAUAUGACCAUCAGCAUCACAUGGGCCUUCUCAUUCUAGAAAAGAAGGAGUGGGUUUCCAAUUACGAACAAGCCAAAACUGCCGCUGAAUCUGCUGAAUUGAAGUUUAAGCGUGAACAGGCUGCUCAUGCGUCUGAUUUGGCAGAUGCCAAGAAGCGAGAAGAUAGUCUGAAAAAGGCUGUUGGAAUUGAGAAAGAAUGUGUUAAAAAUAUUGAAAAGUCAUUGCAUGAGAUGCGUGCAGAAUUGGCGGAGGCAAAGGUUGCAGCAGAGACUAAACUUGCUGAGGCACGGAAUAUGAUGGAGAAUGCUCAGAAGAAGUUCAUGGAGGCGGAGGAAAAACUUCAUGCAGCAGAAUCUUUGGAAACGGAGGCUAGCCGAUUCCAACGAACUGCAGAAAGAAGGUUGCGAGAAGUUGAAGAUAGGGAAGAUGAUUUAAGGAGGCGGAUGAUGUCAUUCAAAUCAGAAUGUGAUGAUAAAGAGAAAGAGAUCCAGCUUGAGAGGCAAUCUCUGACUGGAAGGCAAAAAAUGCAGCAGCAAUUGCAAGACAGAUUACUUGAUGGACAAGCUUUGCUAAAUCAGAGGGAAGAAUACAUUUUUAAUAGAUCUCAAGAGUUAAAGAGGCUUGAGAAGGAGUUGGAUGACAUAAAGUUCAGCUUGGAGAAAGAGAAAGAAGCCCUUAAUGAGAAAAACCAAACUCUUAAUCUAGAAGCCAGGUCAUUGUCAGCAAGAGAGGAGGCUGCCAUCAGAAGAGAACGUGACCUUUUCAAGAAAGAGGAAGAACUACUCAUUUCACAAGAAAAACUUGCGAGUAAAAAAUCUGAUAAUAUUCAUCAAGAAAUCGCAAAUCAAGAAGCUACAUUGACAACGAUGAAGUCUUCGUUGGAGGUGGAAUUGGAAGCAAAACGUAAAUUGGUGGAUGAAGAACUUGACACCAAGAGGCGGGGUUGGGAGUUGAGAGAACUAGAUAUCAGGCAGCGGGAGGAUUACAUUGCCGAAAGAGAGCGGGACUUGGAACUCGAGUCUAGAAAUUUUGUAGAAAGGGAGAAGGAGCUGGAAGAGAGGUUUUGUUCAAUUGGGGAGAAAGAGAAGAGUCUUUUAGCAGCUGAAGAAGAGGUAGAAUUGAAGAGGAACCUUUUAAAGCAAGAGAAAGAUGAGAUAAUUAGGAUAAAGCUUGACCUACAAAAAUCUUUGGAUUUGUUGGAGGAAAAGAAAAGGGACAUUAAUGAUACAGAAGAGACGGUGGAGGCAAUGAAGAAUGAAACAAAUGAGCUAAUGGAUCUUGAGUUGAGACUUAAGGAAGAGAUUGAUAUGAUCAGUGCGCAGAAGCGGGAACUUGAGGCUGAAGCAGAUCAGUUGAAAGCAGAGAAGGCAAAGUUUGAAACAGAGUGGGAGCUGAUUGAUGAGAAAAGAGAAGAGUUACAAAAAAAGGCAGAGCAUAUUGCAGAGGAGAGGUUAAUUGUUUCUAAGUUUCUGAAGGAUGAGCGUGAUAGCUUGAAAGCGGAGAAGGAUUCAUUCAGAGACCAAUAUAAAAAGGAUCUUGAGUCAUUUUCCCAUGAUCGAGAAGCAUUCAUGAUUGAACUUGAGCGUGAACGUACAGAGUGGUUCAGCAAGAUUCAGAAAGAACGUACAGAUUUUUUGCUAGAUGUAGAGAUGCAGAAAAAGGAGUUGGAGUACUGUGUUGAUAAGAGACGUGAAGAAAUUGAGAAUGACCUCAAAGAGAGAGAGAAGGCAUUUGAGGAAGACAAAAAGAAAGAACUUCAGCAUAUUACUUCUCUCAGGGAAACAGUGGGAAAGGAACUGGAACAUGUUAACUCUGAAAUGAAAAGACUUGAUGCUGAGAGAAGAGAGAUAAAUUUGGAUCGUGAAAGGAGAGACCAGGAAUGGAAUGAGCUUAAUAAUUCAAUUGAAGAACUUAAGGUGCAAAGGGAGAAAUUGGAGAAACAACGGGAAUUACUGCGUGCUGAUCGAGAGGAGAUUCUCGUUCAAAUCAAGAACUUGAAGAAAUUAGAGGAUCUAAAAGAUGAAUUAGAUCGUAUUAUUGCACAUGAGAUACAACAAUCUCAUUUGCAAUCAGAAAGACAGAAGCAAGCAGAAAAGAAAGUUUUGAGGCUGCACAAUGAAGUUGUUUUAGGUGAAAAUGGCAAUAUAAACAAUGGGGUUGGGCAUAAUGUUCCUCGUACAACAGAGUCAUCUUCACCUCUCACUGCUCCUCUUUCGUGGCUCAAACGGUGUGCUGAUACACUGCUCGAGCAAAGACAGAGUAAUAAAAAGAGGAGGCAUGAAAAAGACGCAACAGCACAACCUGGACUGGAAGAAACAAUCCCAUGUUUGCCAGUGGAGAACUCAGAUGCAUCCAAGAUCAGUCAAUCUCUGAUGUUGAGAGAGUUUCUAGUGACAACAAGGAAGCUAUAUCCCAAGAGAGUGAUGAAAAGCUUGAGAACAGUGGGGAUAGUUGAGGUGUUAUAUGUACUGUCGAAGUCAGCGAUAUAG